GACAGUUUUGUAAUAUUGACAGAGCAGCUGUCUCACACAGAUAAAAGUAACAUGCUGGGAAGAUUCCUGAGUAAAAACCUGAAGACCAGAGGGAAAUUCAGAGAUGAUUUUGGAUGGAGACCACAACACAGAUGGAAAAUUAUCACAUCAGGACACAAGAAGGAAAGGAUCUACACUGGUUGUGGUGUGUUUAGGACUGUUGAACACUAUUCUGCUGCUAACUGCUGUUGUUAUUGGGAUUUACUGUGGUAAAGUCAGUGAAGAAUCUUCUUCCAUCCAAGUAAAAGCACAAGCACUCAUCAUAGAGGUGGAGCAACUUCGGAUAAUUCAGAGUGAAGCUAUCAAAGCUCUAAAAGAGGCUGAACAAGCAUUAAAGAAAGAGCUGAAGAUCCAUCAGCAGCUUAAACUGCAGUUAGAAAAGAACAAGACUGUCAAUGACGGCCUUCAGAGGCAGAUUGAGACACUACGAAUGGAGACUGAAACACUGCUCUCCAAUUCAUCCAUUGCCCGGACAAGCUGUGGACGAUGCCCCCCAGGGUGGUUUUUAUCAUAUGGAUCCUGCUACUUCCAUUCCAGAUCAGCAUCCAGUCCCCCAAGAAACUGGGCAGACAGCAGAGCGGACUGUAUCAGCCGUGGGGCCGACCUUGCUGUGAUUCCUGACUGGGAUGAGCAGCUACAUCUCUUUGAUAAAAUGCCAAAACUAGGAGCCACUGAAUUGGAACACAUGGCAAAGUUUUCGGGGUAUUUGGAUUGGCCUUUCAGAUAUUCAAACAGAAGGCACCUGGGUGUGGAUAAAUAAUGUGACUCAUAUGAAUCAAGGGUACUGGAUAUAUCGGCAGCCUGACAACUAUGGACCACAAGGUCAGGACUGUGUAGCACUUAUGAAUAUGAACUCCCCUAUGCAGACAUGGUUUGAUGCAAACUGCCAAGAAAGGUAUGAAUGGUUAUGUGAAAUGCAACCCAACUAGCUGUGGAGUGACUGGUUUCUUGCCUCCACAAAGAAGAUACCUACAAACACACAAUCAUUCCUUCAUGAUGAAUGAAUGAAUACAUGGAGUAUGCUAACAGCAGUGGUUCAUCAACGUAGUUGUGCUUUAGUUGCUUUAGUUGCUUACCUUCUGAUUUCAGCUUCAUAUGUAACUUGCAGAUGCUGUAAGGAAAUGGCAUUGAUUUGUCCUAAUGACUUAUCAUCUAGCACUAUCAUCAGGUCAAAUAUUCUGUUUGUCCAGCUCUGUUUAUGAUUGAACACCUGCUAAAUUAAUGAUAUUAUGUCAAUGUUAGCAUGCUAACACACAUACAAUGGUGGUGAACUUUGUUAAACCAUUAGAUCUGCUAAAUGUGUUAGCACUGUAACUGUGAGGAUGUUUGCAUUUAUCUCAAAACAAAUAAAAGGAUUAAUAAAAGCUGUGGGAAAAUG